CCAAGACCAAGACGAAGACGUGGACCAAGGCGAAGACCAAGAUGAAAUCACCAUAAAGUAAAACUGGAAAGAGAAACAAAACGAGGUUGGCGUCGAAUCGGUUGGUUUUCUUAUUUUUUUUUCUUUCUUUUUUUUGUUUUUCCUCUUUUUUGUCCUUUUCUUUUCUUUUUCCACCCGGCCAUUCUGGACCCAGGAUUUCAUCCACCGGAAACCCUUGGUCCUUUAAAAUAUACAUAUAUAAAUAUAUUCCUGUUCCUUCACAGGGUCGAAUAUUCUGUGAAGAGCAGGCGGUAGAUAUGGACCAUCGCGUAGGUCCGUCGAUCGUAAGGUGUCGCCCACCAGGCCCCAAUCAUGGGUUGCGCUGGUGAUGAUGUAGAAUAGAGCUGCUGUCGGGGGAAGAGACGACGGUGGCGGGUCGUCCGGGGUGAUUGAUUCCAGUGAUGAUGACUGGCCCUGGGGUGCCGGGUGCGUAGAAUGGGGGUUUGGUGACGGCGAGGAUGGCGGUGACGAUAAGCCUUGCCGUCGCGCAGGAAUGGGUGGCUUUGGGCCGAUCCCAUUGGCCAAGCGAGGUGCAGACGUGGGCUUGGAAGGAUACCGGGUCACCUCGAUUGUGUCUCCUAUCUCACUCUGCGGGCGAGACAUUUGAAUGACCCGGUUUCGCACACGAGGUCUCUUCCUCGGGCACCACGGCCACGGGCACGCACAGAGUAUGCGUUACCGUGCCUAUACCCAAGGCACGACGGGUAUGUUGCGUCACAAGGUAUCUCUUGUGACGUCUGGGGACCGGAGUGGUUGGUCAUGAUCCCAACCCGCGCCAGCACACCCCACCGGACGGUGCGGAUUCCCGAACUUGCGCGGGCCCUCUCGGUAGUUCCUCCGCUCGUCGACCCUUUCACGGUGUCCCUGUCGUCGGAGGUGACGGGGGAGGUGACACCGAAGGGAGUGACGACGAAGGAGAUGACGACGAAGUCGAACAUGGAGGCGAAGGUAACGUCUCAUCAUGCUCGUCCUCGUCAUCACCGCCUAGGGUCCACGAGGGCGCAGUCCUUCUCGCCGGCGCAGGCCUUGCGGUGGGCUCAGGCCAGUUCGGGGGCCUGGACCUUUUCGCCGCUUUGGACCCGGCUGCUUGAGCAACCUCGAUCGUGGGUCCUUCGACUGGGAGAGACGCUUCGAGGGCACAGCUUGGGGCCUGGGGCAUAGGGGGCCACCCCGGUCGCCCUGGUCCCCAUCGUCGGGGCAUCCCCCAGAACGCUGGUGGUACACUCUCCUGCUCAGGGAGAGUGUCAACGUUGACACCGGCCGGCCGCGUUGAAACCAGGUCGUUUAGCGACUCUGGUUCGACAUCAACAUCUGUGUCACGCGGUCAGUCAUCAACCUCAGAAGUCAUGGUGGUGGGGGAGGGGGGCUUGAGGCUAGCCUGGACCGACCUCGGUCUCUGCUUCUGAUACACCAACGGGAUCUUGGUCCACGUUGGUGGCGACGCCCCCCUCGGCGUCCGAGCCAUCAUCAGAAUCUGUCAGUCCAUGUCAGUUGGUGUCUGGAGGUUUGUAUGUUUUUGGGGGUUGGGAUACUGACCUGAGCCGGUGUCAUAUUCAUCUUCAUUAUCAUCAGAGUCUGAUGCAGACGCGGGUGAAUCAUCAUCAGGCUCAUCACCCGCGUCGGCAUCAGACUCUUGAGGAGUCUCGAUGGCGACAGCAGAAUCUCGGGGGGAUUCUAUCUCGGCAUCAGCGAACUUGUCAUGGUGUUUUGGUUUUGGGUCAAACUUACCUGGCUCCACGUUGGUCUCAUUGUCGGUGACCAGAUUGGAGAUGGCCAUGACUGUUUUGGGAAGACAUCAGUAACAAGAAGAUGGAGGUGUGUGUGAAGAUGAUGGACGGUUGGGAAUUGGGAUGGGAGAUGACCCGAUAUAUAUAGACAUCGAGCUGGGAUUUUGUUGGGAUUUGGAUGGAUCUUUGGUUUUUGUGAAAAGGGUAUAUGUCUGGUACUGACCAUUUUCCCCCGGGGUGGAGGAGGUCCGAUUGUCCUGGACAGAGGUUGUGGUAGAGGUUAUUUCAGCGGAGGUCCGCUUGUCAUGGUCGGAGGUUGUGGAAGAGGUCAAUUCUGCGGAUGCCCGAUUGUCACUGUCAUCGCCGGAAGGUUUUUCAGUAGAUGGAGGUUGGGACACGGAGGAGGCCAAGGUGGAGGUGGUGGUUCCGUCACAGAGAGGGUUCUUGGAUUCCGGAGCGAGGCUUGAACACUGUUGAUUGUCCAUGAAGGGUUGCCUGUGAGGUGUUGCAUGUGGUUGAUUGAAAGAACUGCAGGGCAUUCAAGUCUGGUCAGCCACGGACUUUGCUUGCAUUCGACGUUGACGGCAAAGAGCGUGUUGGGGAGAGAGAAUGGUAAAGGCGCAUGUGAUGAGAGUCAUGUGUUUUUGGAAGAAUGGUACAUGUGAUGAAAGUCUCAUGUGUUGAGAAGGGUACUGGGUAACAUGUGAUGAAACCCUCAUGUGUUGAGAGAAAUGGAAACAUGUGAUGCAAGUCACGUGCUGAGAGGUUCUUGUGGCCUUUGAGGAGUGGGCGAACUGGAUGCCAUGGUUUGAAAGGAGUAUGGGGUACUUGCCUGGGUAGCGUCUUCUGAGUAGCUCAGUGGAUUGUGUUGAUUUUGAGUUGUGAAGGACAGAAGUUUAGAUUGCGGAUCGAAGGGGAAAGUCUCGAGUUCUUAUACCCUGGAGGUUAGGGAGUGACGUUGAAGGGAAGCCAACGUGUCGCUAGGAUCUGAUCUCAACCCCCCGGCAAUCUUUUUGACGCUAUCGAUCUCCGGAUAAAGGUGGCGUUUGAUCCGAAGUUUACGUUGUUGAGAUUGAAGUGGACUUACUCGUACCGGAGAAGGCAAGGCGUCAAAAAGGGGGCAGUGCUGGAAUCGAAUGGUAGAAGAUUUGAUUGGAAGACCAAGAUGAUAUUGUUGGUUGUUUGUGGAUCAUAACAUUGUCACAUUGUGAUAUUGGAUUGUGGCUUGCAUUGAACCAUUUGUUCUGAUGGUGGCAGUAACUUGACCCUUUUACUAGGGAACGGAGUACGCAGCAGCAACAGGAGUUGCUCAUCGCUACAGUUACUAUCGGUAGAGUUAUCAUGGACGGAGUGGCU